UAGGCCUGCAGCUGAUAGUCCACCACGUCACUCUGCUUAUUCCGCUUGCACUUGCUACAAAAUCAUGUAAAUUCGUUUUUAUUAAUUUUUGUGUGUUGUAAUUGUAAAUUGAAAAUGAAAUUCGGUGAUGUACUGCGUCGCCUAGACGCCUAUCCACGCACACUCGACGAUUUUAGCGUACGCACAGUGGGCGGAGCCGCCGUUACUAUCAUUAGCACGAGCAUCAUAACGGUGCUGAUACUGCUGGAAUGCCUAAACUAUAUGACACCCACGCUCAACGAGGAACUUUAUGUGGACACCACACGCGGGCACAAGCUGCGCAUUAAUCUGGACGUAACGCUUCACAAUCUGGCCUGUAAUUAUAUAUCCCUCGAUGCUAUGGACUCUUCAGGUGACACUCACCUCCGUGUCGAUCACGAUGUGUUCAAGCACCGAUUGGACCUUAAAGGAGAGCCGCUAAAGGAGACUCCAAUCAAGGAAAUUGUAGCGGUGUCGCCACCCAAUAAAAACACCACUUGCGGCAGCUGCUAUGGUGCCGAGCACAAUGCCACACAUUGCUGUAACACUUGCGAGGAUGUCUUGGAUGCGUAUCGCGUGAGGAAGUGGAAUAUGCAGAUGGACAAGAUCGAACAGUGCAAAGGCAAAUACAAACGCACCGACGAGGACGCGUUCAAAGAAGGCUGUCGCAUCCAGGGACACUUGGAAGUGAACCGGAUGGCCGGCAGUUUCCACUUUGCACCCGGCAAAAGUUUCUCCAUUCGUCAAUUCCACAUACACGACUUCCAAUUCACCAAUGUAAAGCUAUCGCACACCAUUAAUCAUCUGUCCUUUGGCGAGAAAAUUGAGUUUGCCAAGACGCAUCCAUUGGAUGGACUGCGCGUUGAUGUUGAGGAGUCUAAGAGCGAAAUGUUUAACUACUACUUAAAAAUUGUGCCCACGCUCUAUGAACGCCACAGCGAUGGCGAACCCAUCUAUACCAAUCAGUUCUCCGUAACGCGACAUCGAAAGGAUUUAAUGGAUCGGGAGCGUGGCAUGCCAGGCAUCUUCUUCAGCUACGAGCUGUCCCCACUGAUGGUCAAAUAUGCCGAGAGGCACAGUUCCUUUGGCCACUUUGCCACCAAUUGCUGUUCCAUCAUUGGCGGCGUCUUCACCGUUGCCGGAAUUCUGGCUGUGCUGCUAAACAAUUCGUGGGAGGCUUUGCAGCGCAAGUUGGAGGUGGGCAAACUCAGUUAG